ACAGGCUUCCAUCAUCAUCCACCUCUGGUUUUCUCCCUUUGUCGUCCUCUUCCGUCUUUCGUUUCGCCGCUUCUCUUUAUAUAAACAACUUCUUCACAUCAAUCCUCACUCAGCCAAGGCCAAACAUAAUUUCAGAUUACUCAUCUUCCAAUUUCCAAAUUUCCAUUUCAUUUUCAAUUACUUUCUAGAAAAAUAUGAGUUCUGCAAGCAGAGCAUGGAUUGUGGCUGCAAGCAUCGGAGCAGUGGAGGCACUCAAAGAUCAAGGUUUCUGCAGAUGGAAUUACGCCACGAGGUGUGUUCAACAACAUGCCAAGAAUAAUAUGAGGUCUUACUCUCAGGCCAAGAAGCUUUCUGCUCCAUCUUCUUCUGCUUUGUGUAAGAAGCUGAGAGAUGAAAAGGCUAAACAGUCUGAGGAAUCAUUGAGAACUGUUAUGUAUUUGGGUUGCUGGGGACCCAAUAACUAAGCUUCGCUUCCCUUUUCAAAGUUUUGUACAUAGAUUAAAUAUAUAAAUUCUAUUUUUUCAGUGAUUAGUUACAUGGGUUAUACAGAA